UGGCUCAGUUUCUUCUCGACAAAAAUUUUAAAGCCAGCUUUUUUCUUGCAUUUCUUUGAUUUAACCCACCUUACAAAAAAUCUACACCAUGGUUGGCAAAAGUAACAAGUUAUACGUUCACAAACGAGGAGGUAGGGUGGAAGAGGUGCAUAUUGACAAGAUCACUUCUAGGAUUAAAAAACUAUGCUAUGGCCUGAAUAUGGACUUUGUAGACCCUGUGUCUAUAACACUAAAAGUUAUCAAUGGUAUUUACUCUGGAGUGACAACAGUAGAACUGGACAAUUUAGCAGCAGAGACAGCUGCUACAAUGACUACUGACCACCCAGACUACGCAGUGCUUGCAGCAAGACUGGCUAUAUCCAACUUACAUAAGGAGACUAAAAAGCAUUUCUCAGAUGUUAUGACAGAUCUUUAUAAUAUUAUUAAUCCAUUCACCAAGAAGAAGGCUCCAAUGAUUUCUGACUACCAUUAUGACAUAAUCAUGAAGAAUAAGGAGAGAUUGGACUCAGCCAUUGUCUAUGACAGAGAUUUCAAAUAUAACUACUUUGGAUUCAAAACCCUUGAGAGGUCUUAUCUUCUCAAGCUAAAUAAGAAGGUGGCAGAGAGGCCUCAGCACAUGCUUAUGCGUGUAGCUAUUGGAAUCCAUGGUGAUGAUAUUGACGCUGCCAUCAACACAUACAACCUGUUGUCAGAGAAGUAUUUUACACAUGCUAGCCCCACUUUAUUCUCAGCUGCAACUCCCCGACCUCAAUUGUCCUCUUGCUUUCUCAUUGCUAUGAAAGACGAUAGUAUUGAAGGUAUUUAUGACACAUUGAAACAAUGUGCACUCAUUUCGAAAUCUGCGGGUGGAAUUGGAGUCCAUGUACAUUGCAUCAGAGCCAAAGGGACAUACAUUGCUGGCACAAAUGGUGUCUCCAAUGGCCUUGUUCCCAUGCUCAGAGUAUACAACAACACAGCUAGGUAUGUUGAUCAGGGUGGGAAUAAAAGACCUGGAGCAUUUGCAAUAUAUUUGGAGCCAUGGCAUGGCGACAUUUUUGAGUUCCUAGAUCUCAAAAAGAAUACUGGAAAGGAGGAAGUCCGUGCCAGAGAGCUGUUCUAUGCACUCUGGAUACCUGACUUGUUCAUGAAGAGAGUGGAAAACAAUGAAAACUGGAGUCUAAUGUGCCCUCAUAACAGCCCUGGCUUAGCUGACUGUUGGGGAGAUGAGUUUGAAGCUCUUUAUGAAAAAUAUGAACAAGAAGGGAGGUAUAUUAGGCAGGUUAGGGCACAGAUUUUGUGGAAGGCAAUCAUUGAGGCACAAGUAGAAACUGGUACACCAUUUAUGCUGUACAAAGAUGCAUGCAACAGGAAAAGUAACCAAAAAAACCUAGGUACAAUUAAAUGCAGCAAUCUAUGCACUGAAAUUGUAGAGUAUACUUCAGCAGAUGAAAUUGCUGUAUGCAACUUGGCUUCUAUUGCACUCAAUAUGUUUGUCAAUGAAGACAAAACAUACAAUUUCAUGAAAUUGAAGGAAGUAACCAAAAUUAUUACCCAAAAUUUGAAUAAAAUCAUAGAUAAUAACUAUUAUCCUGUUCCUGAAGCAAGAAACUCUAACAUGAGACACAGGCCCAUUGGUAUUGGGGUACAAGGUCUGGCAGAUGCCUUUGUGUUAAUGCGCAUUCCUUAUGAAAGUGAAUCUGCAAUGAAGUAUAAUCAGCAAAUAUUUGAGACCAUCUAUUAUGGUGCACUGGAGGCAAGUUGCGAACUUGCUGAGAAAGAUGGGGUGUAUGAGACUUAUGAAGGUUCUCCUGCAAGCCAGGGAAUUCUGCAGUAUGACAUGUGGAACAAGACCCCUACAGACCUGUGGGAUUGGGCUGCUCUUAAAGAGAAAAUUGCCAAGCAUGGACUUCGUAAUUCACUUCUGUUGGCUCCUAUGCCCACAGCCUCUACUGCUCAAAUCCUUGGUAACAAUGAGUCCUUUGAACCAUUCACUUCAAACAUAUAUCAAAGAAGAGUACUUUCUGGAGAAUUCCAAGUGGUGAAUCACCAUCUCUUGCAUGAUUUGACUCAAGCCGAUUUAUGGGAUGAGGACAUGCAGAAUCUUAUUAUUCAUAACAACGGUUCUAUUCAAAAUAUUGAAGCUAUACCCAAAGAAAUUAGAGAUCUCUACAAAACUGUUUGGGAAAUAUCUGUAAAAACCACUAUACAGAUGGCUGCUGACAGGGGAGCUUUUAUUGACCAAAGCCAGUCUUUCAACAUCCAUGUUGCUGAACCAAACUACGGAAAACUGACAUCAAUCCAUUUUUAUGCCUGGAAGAUGGGUUUGAAAACAGGAAUGUACUACUUGCGCACUAAGCCUGCCGCAAAUGCAAUUCAGUUUACAGUUGACAAAUCCAAAGUGCAGACAAAGGUGACAAACGGUAACGGCAUUCUUCCUGAGAGGGAUUCUGAAAGAGAUGAGGCUGACAUGGCUGCAAUUACUUGUUCCUUGCAAAACAAGGAUGCGUGCUUUAGUUGCGGUUCAUAAGCUAAUUAAGUUAUAAAUAAAUGUGUACUUAGUAUUUGAUCAAUGUGAACUAUUAGUUCAUAAUAAUAUUAUAAAUUAGAAUAAUAUUUUGCACAAUUAAUAAAAUAAAUAAAAGAGCAUCA